AUGGACAAUUGCAAAGGUGAGCAAUUUUAUUGCGAUUCUACACGUUUACCAUGAAAUUCCGGCAUUAGAGAGAGUAUUCAGGUUGCAUUCGCUCACCCAUUUUUCUCAUCUCCACCCUGCUGAUCCUUCUGACGACGCGACGAGUGGCGGCCGAUCAGCAACGUGAGCGCUUUUAUUUAUUCAUUUAUUUACGCACGCUAGGUACGUGAAAAAGCAGUAGGUUCCAGUGUUGAGCGGAAUUCCGUCUUCCGUCUUCCGGGAUUUUUUCUUCUUACCGUAAAAGAGUAAUAAAUAGCUUUUCACGAGCCAUUUACUAGCCACGAAGAACGCGAAUUUCCAAGGGCAGUGACCCAGAUCCAAAAUUUUUGUUGUUUAGUUAUUUUUUUCAAAAAAACCGGAGAAAAAGGUUCUGCAUUGAGGAUUUUUUGUUCCGUCUUGCGGCUGCCGUCUUCCUUGAGAACAAUUUUCUUCCGUCUUCCGUUUUCCGUGUCCCGUAAAAAAAUUUUCUUCCGUCUGCCGUCUGCCGUCUUCCAGAUUUCAAAAUUCAAUUUCCGCUCAACUCUGGUACGUUCGAUAGUUCUAAUUCAAAAUCCGAAUUUCUUGUUUCUCGCGCUCCACGUGGAUUUGUACAUGAGGAGGAUUCCUUGUUCACGCUUUCCUAGUUGUUCUUCUUCUGAUCCCUCAAUCGUCGUUUGGCUCUCUUCUCCUUUCUUCUAACAGACGUUCCUGAUCGUUCUCCCCCAAGCUUCGGGGGUCUUCCUUUACUUCUGCUUCAAGUCCAGCGUAUUUCCUACUUAUCAGCUUUAAUUGCAGCGGUUGACGUGUUGCCUGCUGAGCCGGCUCGAAUCAUGCUCCCGAUGAAAGCGGGCGAAAUACAAAAGAAGCCGUCGGAGGCAUUCGGCGCGUUUCCGGCCGGAAUGACAUAUUGCGGAAAGCACACUCUGGACAAGGCCAAAAUCGGAUCCGCAUUCACCGAUUCGGUACGUCGAUCGAUAAAUUGAUGAUUUGGUAUUUAAUUUAGUACGUUGCCGUUGCAGAACUUUGAAGUGUCGGUGGGUUGUCAGCCGAAUCCGACGCGAGUCGUCGUCUCGGACGCCGCUCAAAUGACCGACAAGACUGGAGAUUCUGUCAUUGGAAAGUGUUUGGGGUAGGUCGAACAGUUUUGGCGCCAAACACACUUAUCUAAACUUUUGCAGAACGCAAACGUGCGCCCGUCCGAAGGCUACAAUCGCUUCGGUUCAGCACGGUAACAAGGGCCCGACGACUCUGAACAUCAAUUACUUUGACGAGUACUCGGGUCCUUCGGUGUGCGACGGCGACGCCAAAAACGAAGUUUUGUUCGCCAACGAGGACGGCUGCACAGACCGCGACUACAAGAUUCCGGAGGCGUCGAUGUCGACCAACGCGAAGAUUUCGUCGGUGCCGAGAUGGCUGAAGGACGGCAAAGUGUACCGAUUGCAGCGGCCGUUCAAGCACCAUGGCAUCGGAAUUGUGAGCACAGCAGUUUCCAACCUUUUAUUUUAUUAAUCUAGUUGGAUUUUUGAAUGGCAAAAGUGUUCGUCAUUCUGUUGAAACAUGUUUAUUUUUUAGCCGUUCAAACCGGAAAUCGGCUGGACGAACAAGUUUGUGUCACUGCCGGCGCACAAGGAUCAAGUGUGGAAGUCGUGCUCGAACACUUGCGAUCGCGGACAAAUCACGCGGAUGACGAUGACGGCGACCGCGUGGAAAAUGGUCAUUUUCCUUGAUGCGAAGAGCACCGGGUUGGACGAUUGUUUUGAAAUUUUUAUGACGCGUCCAAAGUCUCGGAAAAACUGUCCAAAGUCGGCCGAAAUUUGCGUGAAAAAAACGGGGGUGCGCACAGCUGAAAUGACGGUUUUUGAAAAUUUGUUAAUUUCCUGAGGAUAUUUGAAAAUCUUCAAAUUUCUUGCGCAAAUUUUCUAAAAUUCCGUAGUUUUAGGCCCCCGUUUUUCACGAAAAUUUCGGCCGACUUUGGACAGAAAAAUCUGCGGUUUUUCCGGUUUUUCCGAGACAUUGGACGCGGUAUUAUGACUCACCACAAGAGCUCUCUAAAAUAAUUUCCCCCCAGUUAAGUCUUUAAACAAAACUUCGUUUGCAGUUUCAAAUUGUGCAUCGACGCGGACGAUCACUCGGACGCGAGCGCGAUUCCAAAGUGCAAAAAACUGUUUGAGAUUUACAUUCUGCCUCGGAGCGGAAUCGUCGUCUGGCCGAAAUCGGGCAGCGCGUCGCUCAUCGAACUGAGGCCGAAAGGACUGACGACGGGCACGUACGCGAUUGAGGUCGGAUACGGAGUCGAGGAUCCGGCCACGAAGAAGCACGCCGGAGAGGUGAGAUUUUGAAGAAAUCACUACAGAAACUAUUCCUAAAUGUUACCGUAACUUUUUUUUUAAACAUUAGGGAAUUGCAUAAAGUUUAGGAACACAAAAUCGUAGAAUUUUCAGUUCUACGUCGGCAACAUGUACCGCGAGGUCGUCGUCUCGGACACGUCGGGAUACUCGGCCGUCGACGCCUCGAAAGUGUCGUUGUUCUUUGACUCGGAGGAGAACAGUCUGCAGCAGCACGGCGGAAUUCACUCGAAGGUUUUUUGAGCUUUUUUCCGGCAUUUUUUGAGAAGACGUUGUUUUGAAACUGCAAAAAAUUGAAAUGUUGAGUAUUCUCAUCGUUCACUCACUUUCCAAAUGUCUGAUUUUUCGAGACGUCUUUAAAAUGUUUAAUUUCAGCAAAUCACCCAAGCGCACACGUACGUGUCGCCGGCGGUGUCGGACAAGAAAGGCAACAAGUUGGAAGACGGGAAACUGAACGCGGAGGGCCUCGCAAAGACCACCGAAGGCGGCGAGAAGAUUGCGGAGCCGCCGCUUACGCCGAUCGUGCCGGUGCCCCAGACGACGACCCAAGCACCGGCGCGCAUCAUUUCGAACGCCGCCUCGGGGGCGCUUCUGAUGCAGCUGGACACGAUGAACGACGCGGUUUACGUGGCGGGCAAGUGGUGGACGUGGGGAAUGUUCAUCGGAUUCUGCAUCGGAACCAUCCUCGGAUGCGCCAUCAUUGGAGUCAUCUUCUACUUUCUUCGACGCACCGUCUACGGAUUCUGGUGGGUGCUUUGUGUUCAAAAAGUGACGCGAAACGUCGCUUCAAGGGUUUUCUAUUAAUUUUCAACUUCUUUUAGGUACCGCGGAAUGUACAAACGUUACGGAUGCGACGCGUCGGGAACCACUGGCGGAAUCACGGGAGUCGGAUUCGGAAAGACGACGACCGGCGCCAUUACGAUCGCCGGGACCACGGGCGGAACCACGGGCGGAACCACGGCGGCCGGGACCACCGGAGGGACCACCGGAGGGACCACCGGAGGGACCACCGGAGGGACCACCACCGGAUCCGCAUCGACGAUUGCGAUGUGA